CCCAGUCCUCAGAGUUCCUAUAAAGAAGGGAUCACAUCUCAGUGUCAGCACAGAACACAGUCGGGUUCUGAAGCUCUUUGGUUCUGAAGUCUCAGCUCCGGGAAAGCUUCUCCUCUGCCGAGACCAUGAAGCUCUGCGUGACUGUCCUCUCUCUCCUUGUGCUAGUGGCUGCCUUCUGCUCUCCAGUGCUCUCAGCACCAAAGGACCCAGACCCUCCCACUGCAUGCUGCUUCGCUUACACCCUGCGAAAACUUCCUCGCAAAAUUGUGACGGAUUACUAUGAGACCAGCAACCUCUGCUCCCAGCCAGCUGUGGUAUUCCAGACCAAACAGGGAAAACAAAUCUGUGCCAACCCCAGCGAACCCUGGGUCCAGCAGUACAUGGAAGACCUGGAUCUGAACUGAGCCAAUCCAAGCACAGGGGCAGGAAAUCUCCAGGGAUGGUCACCUGAGCCCGAAGCUUCUCAGUGAGACGCACCCUCUGUAUGUUUCAACUCCUCUCCAUAGUCCCUGAUCCUUCCCUUAAUCUUUACUAUAUGCUGUCUUAUUGUAUUCGGUGUUAUUUCCAACAUUAGAUUCUUUUUUUCCCUAAAGGUCGCAUGUCCCCCAUCUCUCUUUCUCUGCUAUUGUGAGCACGUGGAUAAUGCAGUUGAUUCCAUGUGUUUUCAUAAUAAAACUGAAAAAAAAUGUG